CCUAAACACUCCUUACUUCUGCGCAUGGUGAAUGACUACAAUGACGUGGGACGGCUGUCUUGAUUACGACUGAUCUGCUUUGGAAAGUCAUACUUUUGAUUUACGGGAUGGCGAUAUAGAUCUUUUUUGCCUACGACCUUCGCCUCUUUGUCUGUUACAAUAUUCUCAACUCAUCAAAUUGCCACGCACGACUCGCUUUGAAUGAUCAACCUGGCCAACGGUAAUGGAGAACGUGUCCAGUGCAGUGUCAGCUCAACAUCUACCUUCGAGCGACCCAUUAGAACCGGCCGACCAUGACUCGAACAGCCCCCGGAAUCCGACUCCAGCGCCAUCGACGAACGCCACUGUUGCCCCAAGGAGGCACACAAAGGGACUGUCCCUGAACUUCCCUGUUCUGGUGCCUACCAGUGCGUCGUACUCUCAGUCCCCGACAAUUGGGUCCGGAGUACAGAGCCCGAUCGAAUCAGCCAAAUCGUCCCCUCGUAUCCGCGCUGCCCCCUUCAGAGCGCCCGACUCCGCGACCGAACCGCAGGAUCAAGCCAAGACAAGAGGGAGCGCAGAGUACCUGACACUGCUGGCGGCACAGGAGAGAAAAGUCCUUGAGUUGAGGGAAGAACUACAGCGGGCAGAAGCGGACCUGCUGGUGCUGAAGAAGCAAUGGGCGGCAUACGAAGCGAACAAGAAGAGGGACGAAGUGAGGCAAGUGAAGAAGCUGCAGCCAGUGGCAUUGGGCGAGGUCGUUGGCGGUGAAGGUGUCGUUGCAGAGGACGACCUGGAUGAAGAACGAAGGCGGAAACGGGCACUCGUCGAGAGAAGCUAUACGACUGGACCUUUCUCGGCGAGUAACGCAGUAUCCAACGGCUUGGUUAGGAAGGGGUCAAAGCGAGUUUUUGAAGGGGGCCGACAUACCAGAACCUUGAGUCUGCUCAGUCCGACUUCUACAAAAGGCGCACUAAAACAGGCAGACGAACCACCACGCACGCGGGAAGACGCCGUGAACAUCGAUGGCGAAGAGAUCAACAGACCUUCGCUCUCGAGGAUGCCCACCCUCGACGGAUUGAUUUCAGGCGAUGCCCUCCCCCUUGGCUUCGGGAAAACCUACAAAGACCUGGCGGCACAUCGGAGAUCUCUACCACCAGUCGCUGCAGAUUUACUGGUGAAGCAGGGCAAACAGGUUUAUGACGGAGUAAGGGAGGGUCUAUGGACCUUCUUCGAGGAUAUCCGUCAGGCUACAGUUGGGGAAGAGGGCAUCAACGGGACCGCUGCUCAGCAGCGCCCAGCGAGGCCGAGUCAGAAAAAGGCCUCAAGAAAGUCCUCCGACAAGCAAAGCAAACGCAGCUCGAAGGACAACGCUGAGAACCCCAAUUCACGUCCCAUGGAGCCCUCCUUCUGGAAUGAAUUCGGGCUCGAUACUCCUCACAAGGGCUCAACUCGAAAGGAGACGGAGAAGCCCAACGGACAUGUCCAGCAGAAGAGCAGUACCGACUCUUCGAACACCCCCAGUCUGUUACCAGAUCUGAACGACAAUGACGACGCCGAGGACGGCUGGGAUGCCUGGGACUCUCCUGUGAGCACCCGAGGACCCCUAAUCGCAGAGACGGAGGACAUCAGACAAAGGCCAGAAGAUGGAGAAGCUGGCCUUCCUUGGCCGGAGCUUGAGAGGAUUACUCCAAGCAAGCUCACCCGGACCGUGAGCGAUCUGAUGAAGGAGUGGGAUUCGAGUCAGGACGAUCCCACGAAAACAAACGGGCUGGGUAAUGGGCAGACGCACAUACUCGACAGUCCGCAUAUGUGAAAUGGAGCAUACGAGAUCGACAUACGAGGAACACAGCGUUAGAUUUAUUUCCCGACUAUCGGAUCGUGUAUUUUGUCUAUUGACGCUAUCGAUGCCACGUGAUUGACAGAACUGCGUGACUUUACAUCAUCGGAGCUUUAUUGGUGAUGUACGGAGUAUUUCCCUUGUCAACAACGUGUGGGUUCUGCAAGUAUUCCACAGUUUCGACGAGGUCAG